AUGCAAACAAGCGAGGAUGCAUACGACUAUCUGUUGUUACGACCAUUUUCCCCUGAAUAUACUAUUUGGCUGCGUCAUGGUGAGAAGCCGGUUGAAGAGAGAUCUGGAUUGGGACGAGUAGAUAAAAAUCUGAUAUCCCAAGUGAAUCAAAUGCACCAAAUGGUCAACGAGGCAUUCAAUUUCACGCUUCAACAUGGGAGUGAAGACACAACAACAAUCGAACAUGCCAAAGAUGAUGAAGGCGUGUUGCCAUACUUAUAUGAAGGUCCAAGUUGCGCGGCGCGGGAUUUUAACGAUCUACUGUCAGAUGGAGAGAAGGAAUUAUAUCCCGGAUGCUCAAAGUACUCCAAAUUAUCAUUCUUAGUGAAGCUUUAUCAUAUUAAGUGUAUGUGCGGUGUGAGUGACAAGGAAAUUACCAUGAUUCUUGACUUACUACGGGACGUAUUCGAACAAGCAAAAUUUCCAAAGACAUUAUAUGAAGCCAGGAAGACAAUAAGAAAGUUGGGUAUUGAAUACACCAAGGUAAAUGCUAGUCCAAAUGAUUGUAUGCUGUAUCAAGGUGAUGAUGAAAACUUGACUAGGUGCAGGCAAUGUGGGUCUUUAAGAUGGAAGCAGAAGACUAAAAUGGGCUCUAUUGUUAGGCUCAACGUACUUGUGAAGAGAAAUGAGAAACCUAUAGCAGCCAAGACUCUUCGUUACCUUCCUCUCAUACCACGACUACAACGAUUAUUCAUACGCAACAAGACAUCAACUGACAUGCAUCCAAGGGACGCUGAAGCAUGGAAAAAGUUUGAUGCAAAGUAUACUAACUUUUCGAAGGAUCCGUGCAAUGUUCGCCUAGCCUUGGCGAGCGAUGGAUUUAAUCCUUUUGGGAAUAUGAGCACAAAGUAUUCUAUCUGGCCAACAUCUUUCAUUCUAUCCAUGCUUAUUCCUAGGCUGAAAAUGCCAAGUAACGACAUAGAUGUUUACUUGCAGCCUUUGGUAGAUGAAUUGAAGCAAUUAUGGGAUGGCAUUGAAACGUAUGAUCCCAAAGAGGGAAGCACUUUCAAGAUGUGUGCGGCACUAAUGUGGAUGAUCAUCGACUUUCCAGGAUUGAGAAACCUAUCUGGUUGGAAUAUGCACAGUGGGUUAGCUUAUACUACGUGUAAAUUGGACACUAAGCCUCAUUGGCUGAAAGACAGUCAAAAAUGGGGCCAUCGCCGCUUUUUGAAUCAGGGACACAAAUACAGACUAGACUAG